CCCGCUUUGAGCUCUAGCAGCAACGAUCGACGUUCGGCGGAUGACAGUUUGUUUUCAAAGAGGGGCCUGUAUGACAACAACGUUUACCCUCCUAAAUACGUCAAUAUAGUGUCUUCUCGAGAAGAUGAGGCCGCCUAUCCCUAAAUGUACGCGUUUGGUGAGAAAUACGAGCCUAAGGAUGUAAAUCCCAGUGACCUGUCUGUGUACAUCAGCUCUAGCACAUCUGAAGGAAGGAAUGCAGUUCAAACAAUCAUGAGGCUGCUGGCCUCCUUGCCACACCGACUACAACAAACACGCAUUGCCCUGUUUGAGUUUUAACCCCAUCAGGAUUACAAGCUGCCUCGGUCCAUCAACAUACAGGUAUGUAUGAACACACACGGAAAUAACAGCCCGUCCCUUUGGUUCAACACCAGAACGGCCCUUGAAUAACGAACAAUACAGGAGAGAGAGAGAAAGUGACAGAGACUGAGGGUCCCAUGUGCCAUUGGGCAGAGGGGCUUUCGCCAUGAGCAGUACUCUGGGUAAAGAUAAAGACUCUAAGGAGAGGGAACCCAAAGCUGAAGGGAAAUCCAAAACCAAAGGGAAAGAUGCCAAAGACGGGAAGAAAGACACGAGCGGUGCUUCGCCUGCUGUGGCCUUCACUUUGGAUAGUACGAUUAAGCGCCCCAAUCCGCCACCCAGCACACGCAAAAAAUCCAGUAAUGCCGAGGUCAUCAAGGAACUUAACAAGUGCCGUGAGGAGAACUCGAUGCGCUUGGACCUGUCUAAAAGAGCCAUCCAUCUGUUGCCCUCCUCCAUCAAGGAGCUGACCCAGCUGACAGAGCUCUACCUGUACAGCAACAAGCUGCAGUGCCUUCCGCCGGAGGUGGGCUGCCUGUCAAGACUGAUGACGCUGGCACUCAGCGAGAACUCUCUCACCAGCCUGCCUGACUCACUGGACAACCUAAAGAAGUUGCGUAUGCUUGACUUGCGGCAUAACAAACUACGGGAAAUCCCUGCUGUGGUCUACCGCGUCAGCUCCCUCACCACGCUCUACCUGCGCUUUAAUCGUAUCACCACCGUAGAGAAGGACAUCAAAAACCUGUCCAAACUCACCAUGCUCAGCAUCCGAGAGAACAAAAUCAAACAGCUGCCCGCAGAGAUCGGUGAGCUCUGUAACCUGAUAACGCUGGAUGUAGCCCACAACCAGCUGGAGCACCUUCCUAAAGAGAUCGGAAAUUGCACUCAGAUCACCAACCUCGACCUGCAGCACAACGAACUUCUUGACCUACCUGAGACUAUUGGUAACCUGUCAAGUAUAAAUCGGUUGGGCCUGAGGUACAACCGUCUAUCAGCGAUCCCUCGAUCUUUAGCGAAGUGCCGAGAGCUGGAAGAGCUCAACCUCGAAAACAACAACAUCUCCGUGUUGCCAGAGGGUCUGCUCUCCAGCCUGGUGAACCUGACGAGUCUGACGCUGGCACGGAACUGCUUCCAGUCUUACCCAGUCGGCGGCCCAUCCCAGUUCUCCACCAUCUACUCUCUCAACAUGGAGCACAACUGUAUCAACAAGAUCCCUUUCGGCAUCUUUUCUAGAGCCAAAGUGCUCAGCAAACUCAAUAUGAAGGACAACCAGCUAACGUCCCUCCCGCUGGAUUUUGGGACAUGGACCAGCAUGGUGGAGCUAAAUCUGGCAACAAACCAGCUCACCAAGAUUCCAGAGGAUAUCUGCGGGCUUGUAUCUUUAGAGGUCCUCAUAUUGUCCAACAAUCUCCUGAAGAAGUUGCCUCAUGGGAUUGGGAAUUUACGGAAAUUACGAGAGCUUGACUUGGAGGAGAACAAACUGGAGUCUCUCCCAAAUGAGAUUGCCUACCUUAAAGAUCUACAGAAACUUGUGUUGACCAAUAAUCAGCUGACCACUUUGCCAAGAGGGAUCGGUCAUCUGACCAACCUGACGUACCUGGGCUUGGGAGAAAACCUACUGCAGCACCUACCUGAAGAGAUUGGUACUCUAGAGAACCUUGAGGACCUGUACCUGAAUGACAACCCCAACUUGCACAGUUUACCAUUUGAGUUGGCCCUGUGCAGUAAGCUGUCCAUCAUGAGCAUAGAGAACUGCCCUCUCAGCCACCUUCCGCCCCAGAUCGUCGCUGGAGGCCCUUCAUUCAUCAUCCAGUUCCUCAAGAUGCAGGGGCCUUACCGUGCCAUGGUCUGACACCCCCUGUCUGAGGCUCACACACUGUACAAACAAAAUCAACGAAGAGUAAAAACAGCAUCGCUAUUCGAUGUUAUCUUUGAAGAUAUCGUCGUCAUUACAUUAUAUGUAGGACAGGACUCCACAACUGGGUUCCAAAUAUAGGAAUCAUUGUCAGUUAGGUCACCUUUGUCCUCCAGUCAAGUAGAAAACGAUGUCUAGACUUCUGUUGCCAAAAUUAAUGAUUAUAUACGUUAGUGAUUCUAAGAAAAGAGGCGCUGCUUAAAUGCUGAAAUAAUUUUGCCAAUUUAUUGAAAGUCAUUAUAGGGGGUUUUGAUGCCAGGAAACAGUUGUAUGCAAAAACAGAAUAUUUUUUACAACUUAAUUUUUUGCUGCUGUUGCCGCCAGACUGUAUGUUGGUUGAUUUUUUCUUUCUUUUUUUAAUCAUCCCACAACCAAAAUAUUUGUAUUGUACAGAUGACCUGUUUGGAAGCAGUGAACAAAUUUUAGUGUUGCUUUUUUUUUUAUUAUGAUGAUUAUUAUUAUAGAAAUGGUGCCUAUCCAGUGCAGUUGGGUGGUUUUUGUCUGAACAUAAUUAUCUUUAAGGUUUUUAGUACAAAAGGAUGAAUUUACAGAUGUAUAACUUAUACAGUAAUUCAUUUUGUAAUUAUUGAUCAUUACUUUGUCAGUCCCCCUUUUUUUAAUAUCCAUUCCUCUUCACUGUUGGGCUUCGCUUGACUUUUUUAAAAGAUAAAUCUGCGAUUCCCAGUGAUUAAGUUUUCUACGUAAUCGAUAGUAUUUGUGAAAAAGUGACGUGGCUAAAUAAAUAAAGAAUAUUAAUUGACAGCAAUCAUAUAAUGGUUUGAGUAAUUAGAAAGUUAGUUCUUUCACACUAUAGGCGUGAUUGUAAUGAGACCUUUAGAAAAUAUCCUGCUCCUAUUUUACUCCUAAAUUAAGAGAAACAAAUAAGAAAUGUAUUUUGCAUAUAGAAAAUUAAGCCUAUUUUAGGGCCAUUAAGAUUGGUUUAGAUAUUUUUUUUAUUGUGAUAUUUACACACAAACCCCAAAUUCUCACAACCACAAUGCAAAAAAAUAACAUUUAAAUUGCAAAAUAUUUAUACAUCAAGGUGUAGUACUCCCUUGGUGUUUUUACUCUUUCUCCAUUUUCACUGAUUUUAAUUUAAAACAUUGUAUAACCCUAUUGUUGUUUCACUCUUAAUACAGUAAAAAACAAAAUGAUCUUCCUCCGCAGGCAGCAUUUUAGACAUCACAGUCAUGCUCCAGAUGUGAAGGCUAUUCCAAAACAUAGGUAUCUUAGUUAUGCUGCCUCAGAAGAUUCCUCGUUUUGGACAAAUUUAAAGGUAGAAUCGAAUAUGUAGGCAAUCCCAGAAUGCACUGUGAUGAGCUUGGUGAAAAAAUAAACCCAAGAUGGCAAGACAGCGUGAGAUUUGUAUUAUAAUAGAAAACUGACUAUUGUACCCAAAAUGUGUUUACUAUCCGUAUAUAUGCUCGGAGUAUUGCGUUGUUCCUAUCAUGUCACCUCUAUUGAAAUCAGUUGCGAGCCGUUGUCAACGAGUGCCAUUUCAAUGACGCGCGGAGCUGCGUCUAUGUAGAGCGUUCCAAAUCACUCUCUUAUGAGGCAUUGAAUACAACUGCCUAUGUUGGCAAGAGACAGCAAGACAGUUCACUAAGUUUUGAAACUGACCCAAUGUCUGUGUUGCGGUAAUGAGAAUUGUAAUUGAACAGAUAAUAGUAAAACGUCCGUACACAGUGCGGUAAUGAGAAUUGGGGGAAAAUGGGCCUAAGUGUCCUGAAAACAAUGCAAACAAAUUGUUAAUGGUUAAUGCAAAAUAAAACAUUUUUUUUUUGUAACUAUUUGAGGUUAAAUAUGACCAGGAAAUUUUCUUUUGACAGGUUUCAUGAGGAUCACAUAUAGGGCAACGUUAUUCAAAGCAGCCAUUCUGAAUCUGUUUGGCUGGAGUUUUGGUUGGGUCUGUGAUGUUUACUUAUCUGCCAUAUCAACAGUGUUGUGCUCCGCUUAAGUCCUAUUGGUGAGAGUUUGCUUCUACAUAUCAGGUGCCGAACAAUGCUAGCAGUUAACGUCAGAUCUGAAGGCCCACAUUUACUGAGGAAUGCCAAAAACACCCAUUUAUGUCAGUUCUCUUCAUUAUUUCUUGACAGAAUCUCCAGUAACGCUAUCAUGUAAUGUAGGACCAGUCUUAAACUAUACAAUUCGUUUUUUGCUCUUUUCAUUUACUUUCACAGGAUCUUUAUUUUGUUUGCACCGUUUGUCUCAUACACCGCCCCUCUAAUGCUGCUGCUUUUAAUGCACUUUGUAUUGAUAUUUGGCACCCUCCUAGAGUAAAAGGGUCAAAAGAUUUCAUGUUACCAGUUCAACAUAUGGAUGGGGCAUUUUUUAUUAUUAUUUCUGAAGUAUUUUAUCGUUUAUUUUAAUUAUCUAUCAUGUAUAUUUUAUAACAACGAAUGAGUAAUGUUUGCCUCGGUAAAAUAAAAAGUUAACACAUUCUAUUAAGAGCCUUAUUUCUUGAUUUUUUUAGGCUUUGAUGCCAUCUCUUUAUUAAAUAUUUUGAUUUAAACUUUUCUGUCUGGCUAGUUUGUGUGUUUCAAAUGGUGCAAAUCAUCAAAUUAUUAAAAUGAAAGCCCGUUAUUUUUGGAUUAUACAAACUUGGAAUUUCUUUUGGUUUUAGUAUUAUAUCAAGCAACUGUAAAUUUACAACUCCACUUUAGUUUAUCAAGCCAAAUGUAUUUUGUUAGUGUUUGUUUGUCACUUUCCCUUUUCAUUUAUUAAGACAUUGGCAGCAGUGUAAAGAUUUGCAGCAACUAAGAGGAACUUCAUGGUCGUGGGGCCACAUUUGGUGUAACGAAAGGACACAAAUCGCUGCUUUUAUCAACCAGCAGAACCGGUUGCUGCUUUAUGGACCUCCUAAAAACGUAUUGCUGUAAAAGAACCGACCGAGGCGAGACGUUACUGACUUGAGUUCUCGGCCGGUUCUACCAGCACAGACGUUCUAUUACAGAUGAAAUCCCUCUGGACCCUUUUGGCCAAUACGGUGCAUGUCCUGCGCCUAGCGCAGACGCUGAAUAAAACGGAAAAAUAUAAACAUUGUAAAAAGGGCUUUCUCUGUUAAUGCUUAACUAUACACCAGAGGCAUUGCAUUCCUGGUUUUGUAUAAAAGCUUAGAACUGUACAUUUGAUUUUUCUUUUUGUGUGUCUGUAUGCGUGAGUGUGUGAGGAAAUAGAUGUUAAAAUUGAAUUCUUAUGUGACAAUAAAUGCCUUUGAUGAGUGCUUCAAGUGAGACUUGCAUUAGGGACACGCCAUUGUGACGCGUUCCAUUUCAGUUUUCGUUUAGCAUUUAUGUGCCAUAUAUGCAGGGCUUAUUUUUUUAAGUCUGCUAACAGUUAUAAUGUUCGAUUUUGGAUGAGAGAGCAUUGAUCACAAACCAGGAAUGUAGUCAAAUAAAAAAAGACAAAUAAAAAAUAAGUUGUAAUCAGCUGGGGUGACCGUUUUGAUUUUAUAUUGUUUUGGUGAAUUCAUAUUUUUCUAUUGUCUGUGCUUUUAGGUCAUAGAAACUGUAUAAAUGAAGUUCAUUUUCCAUGUUUGAUUUUCUUUUUUUAUUAAUAAUAUUAUUAGUGUAGGAAUGUGUUAUGUCCUGCUUUUUUCUUGCCUUGCUAUGUAUAGGAAACAAGCAUGUAAUUUUUUUUUUAAGAUUACUUAUUGUCUGGUUGGACAGGGAUGUAAAAAAAAAAAACAGUUCUAAAGAUAAAAAUCUUGCUCUUUCAUCACUGCAAAAUGUUUGUUUUUCUUACUUCAUUAGGGUUUCAGAAGUGUUGUGCAGACUUUCUCUAGAAAAACUAACAAGCCUUAAAGGGAUAGAUCACCCUAAAAUGACAUUUCUCAUCAAUUACUCACCCUCAUGCCAUCCCAGAUGUGUAUGACUUUCUAUCUUCUGCUGAACACACAGAUUUUUAGUAGAAUAUUUCAGCUCUGUUAGU